AGUUCUGGGAUGAUUCAUUUCUGAUUCCCGUGUAGGAGCUGCCUCCUGGCUGCUCUGUCCUGCUAUGAUAGCUGUCGGAAGGGGCAUAGCUGGUAGCUAAACCACCCCCAGAGCAAUUUCAGUAUGGAAGGCUUUACUGCAAAAGUGCCUUAUAGAUAGGGAAGGACUUUGGUGUGCGCUCUGAGACUUCCUUUAAUAAAGUUUUGACCCCUGAAAAGAUCAGCACAUGCCAGUUGAGCUGCGACAAGUCUCCAUACGCUUGCAGCCUCCUGGGACCCUCAGUGGGGUUAGGGAUGCUGCACGUAGAGCUGGGCUACGGGAGCACACGCUGAACCCCUCAGCUCAAUUUUGGGCAACGGAUGGCAUGAUUUCCUCUCUACAUGGAAAAAGCCUCACACUUAUAUUUUUUCACUAGUAACUACCACUGCGAGCCUUAGAUUUCGUCUCUUUUAAGCCUGCAUCCUGUAAAACACUGUAAUUGCAUGCAGCUGUGUUUGCAACCCUCCGCAAAUGGGAAGUGUGCGCUGAAAAAGACCCAAGCCUAGGACCUCCACAACAUGCAAAGAAAACGCUGCUGGUUUACCAGAAAAAGACCCUGUUUGGUCUGCCCUCCCCUGCCGUUGCUACCUUGCAGUUUAUGACAUCCGGAUAGUGGGAGGUCUGACAAACCGAACAAGGCAGUGAGCAAGAAAUUCCGUUCCUGUGGAAAUCAGUAAUUCCUCCGUGCAGGCUGCUUUUGCUCAUGUGUGUGUGCGUGUGCUUUCUUUUGUGUCACUUUGUGAAGGGCUCUGAUAUUAUUAUUAUUUUAAAUAUAGCUUGCCCUGGGGCGGGGGAAAUGCACAAGGAAAGAGCCAGCAAGCAGCCUAUCUCUCAGAAGAAAAGAGCAAGCCUCGCAGCACGGGAACUAGCUUCACUGAAGUGUGCAGUUUCGAAGUAAAAAAACCACCACCAACAAAAAAAAACCCAACACCCUAUUCCAAAUACCACCAUUUCGGAGGACGCUGAAGAAAAAGGACCCCAAACUGGCUAAAUACAGUGAAGGAUACAGUCAAACAGGGUACAAAGCAAACCUAAACGCAGUUUGCGCAUGGGCUCUGAAGUGCAAUGUAAGUCUUCCUUAAUUUCUUUUUUUUUUUUUAAUCAUAGUAUCUAGUUGUUUAAUUUUCGUUAUGAAGCCAGGCUGGGCCAAAAGGCACAAUUAGCUACAAAAACCAACACGGAGCAGAAUGUGGGAUCUCUGAUAUGAGCCUGAACAUGAUACUGAAAUACAACAGAAGUCAGAGACUAUCAGCCAUAUUAUGGAAGAUGUACUAUAAAUAAGAGCAUAUCUAAUUAUUUCAGGAGAAAGAUGCUGGAUGGAAUCUUUAAUCAACUUUCUUAAUAGGGAAGCAAGAGCUCUGCUGUUUUGUAUGGCAAGCUAUUUUAAUACUGCCGUGUUUAAAAUUGUGUGAUUACAGUUACCAAUAGCAAUAAGAUGUAGCUCCAGAGGGGAGUCCUAGUGGUUGCAAAAGUUUUUUUCUCUUUUAUUUCUACAACAUUUUUGCUCUCUCAAGCCUCAAGUCCACAGUCUCUAGCCUCCAGUCUGGCUUUGCUGUUCAGCUGGAUUUUCAAUGUGUGCCAACACUGGACUUCCUAUGGAACAGAAAACAAAACAUUUCAGCAUUCGGAGUAAUUCUGGUAUGUUUUUCUACAUCAUGCUACUGGCAAAAACGCAGUCGACAAAAGAUUGUGCUCCAUCAACUUUGGACACGGACAUCUGAGGAAUAUAAAGCCUGAUGGUGACAAAGGGUGAUAAUUUCCUAUUUUUCACUAUUUAUCUCACCGGUUUUGGACUUAGCAAUGGAUAUUCUUUGUGAUGAGGAGAGCUCUGUGAACCCAACCGCAAACUCCUUAAUACAAAUAAAUCAUGAGAGAAGACUCUACAGAAACGUUUACGGACCUGGAGAGAUUAAUAUAACACAUCUCUUUAACUUGACUGCGGACUCCGAAAACCUAACUAAUCUUUCGUGUGAAAGUAACAUGAGUCCACCAUGCUACUCUUCCCUGUUUCAGCUUUCACAGAAAAACUGGCCAGCUUUGCUGACAGUGAUAGUGAUUGUUUUAACCAUUGCUGGAAAUAUUCUUGUCAUCAUGGCUGUGUCACUGGAGAAAAAGCUGCAGAAUGCCACUAACUAUUUUCUAAUGUCACUUGCAAUAGCUGAUAUGCUGCUGGGUUUUCUUGUCAUGCCUGUGUCAAUGUUAACCAUACUGUACGGCUACAUGUGGCCUCUACCUACGAAGCUCUGUGCCAUUUGGAUCUACUUGGAUGUGCUUUUCUCCACUGCCUCCAUCAUGCACCUCUGUGCCAUCUCACUGGACCGCUAUAUUGCUAUUCGAAACCCCAUCCACCACAGCCGGUUUAACUCAAGAACGAAAGCUUUUGCAAAAAUAAUCGCUGUUUGGACCAUAUCAGUUGGUAUCUCCAUGCCUAUACCUGUCUUUGGACUACAAGAUGACUCCAAAGUGUUUAAGAAAGGCAGCUGCCUUCUUGCGGAUGAAAAUUUUGUCCUAGUAGGCUCUUUUGUGGCAUUCUUCAUCCCUCUAACUAUCAUGGUGGUCACUUACUUUUUAACUAUCAAGUCGCUGCAGAAAGAAGCCAUGUUAUGUGUGAAUGACAUUGGCCCAAAGACCAAGUUUGCUUCAUUUAGUUUCCUCCCUCAGAGUUCCCUUUCUUCAGAGAAACUCUUUCAGCGCUCUUUGAACAGGGACGUGGGGACUUCUGGGAGGAGAACCAUGCAAUCCAUCAGCAACGAGCAGAAGGCUUCCAAGGUCCUUGGCAUUGUCUUCUUUCUGUUCGUUGUGAUGUGGUGCCCCUUUUUCAUCACCAAUGUGAUGGCCGUAAUUUGCAAGGCGUCAUGCAACGAAGAAGUCGUCGGUGGACUACUGAACGUAUUUGUUUGGAUUGGCUACCUUUCUUCGGCUGUCAACCCACUCGUGUAUACGUUGUUCAAUAAGACCUACCGCUCAGCUUUCUCUCGUUACAUUCAGUGUCGCUACAAGGAGGAGAAGAAACCUUUCCAGCUGAUUUUAGUGAACACUAUCCCAGCGCUCGCAUAUAACUCCAGCCAGCUCCAACUGGCGCAAAUGAAGAGUCUGAAAAAAGAGGCAAAAAUGAUGACUAAGGAUUAUUCAAUGGUCACGAUAGGAAUACAUCACGUGGAUGGUACCUCAAAGGGAAGCAUCAGUCCAGGAAACGAAAAGGUUAGCGGCGUGUGACUCUGCCAGCCCAUCAGCACAUGCCAUGGCAACCACCAAGAGUACGCUGAAAAUUUCACUGCGCCGUGAAGAGCUCUGAUAGCGUAGGAAAAUCAGCCCUGUUCGAGAGACUCUCCAAUAACAUCACAUACACCUCGUAUUAUCCUGUUGACGAAAAGCAGGGUUGAAAUGGUAUCCAAUGUGCAAUUUUUUUUCAUACAGUACUUUGGCUGUUUUAAGCACAGGCUUUAUUAAACUUAUUUUUUUAAUAUUCUAAAGGACAUAUUUCUUAAAGAAAAAAAUGCAAUUUCUGGUAUUCUAACAUGGGCUGUGAAGAAAUGUAUGCAUUUCUUUUCUCUUUGCAAGUGAAAGCUAAGCUGUCCUUUGAUUUCCUCGCAGAGUAGGUUCCAGCUAGUUUGCCUUGCUGCAAUGGAAAUUUGUUAUCAUUUACUGAAUGAGCACUUUAUGGAAUUUUAAAUAAAAUGAUGGUUAAUUUACUAAUAUAUAUUUAAGAUAAAUUUUAAAGCAUUAAAGAAAAAUCUAUUAAAACCUGUAUAGACGAAUUAUAUGGAAAUUUUGGUAAUGGUGUUUUUAUGGCUAUUUUUUCUUCUGAGUGACCAUUCUGAUAUGUUACUGGACUUUCCUGCCACUUGCUCUAUAGUCCAAAUUAGCAAUCUUCAGAAGUAAAUUAUACUUGAACAAUCCUUUGUUUCUACCACCAUUCUUAAUCUUUAUUUCAUGUCUUGCACUUUAUUUCCAUUCUAAAAGUUUCAUAUGUUCUAUUUAAAACUUGAAAGUAGUUUUUUCAAAAGUAAUAUUGGACAUGGUUCUCUGCUCCUUCCCAUUGGUGUUGACAGGGAAGUGAAGGGAGAGAAGAGUGGAAAAUCAGGCACAACAUUGCUAAAUAAUUUCAAGAAUGAUUCUAUGCCUCUGUUUGAUUCCAGAAGAGCCUGACUUCCACUUAUCAGUGGAAGUUUUGCAUGAACAAAUCCUCUAGUAAAAGGUUUCAGCAGAGUCUCUCUCACCAUUUCUCUUUGGUUAAAAAGGCCGUUAUGAAGGUGUCCUGGUUUUGUUUUAGUGCUUGUAAAGUCAGAAUUAUUUAAGAACUGUUACUUGUUCAAAAUUGUUUUCCCUAUUUUUGCUGUUUUGCUGUUAUGGUAGAUUGCUCAGGAACGGUAGGUAGCUUGCACUAUGAGGACUCAGCCUUAAUGAAAUAUGUUUGGGCAAAUUAGGCCCACUUGAAAAUAACAGGACUUAUAAACAGCACCAUAUUUCACCUGCAUAGCUCCAAGGGCAGAAAAAACAUUACAUAAAGAAUAUCAAAUACAUCAUCUGAAAGAAAUGCCUAGUCAUUAAACUUUUCCUUUUGGGCAUCAUAGACAACUUAACCGAAGCCAGUGGGACCGUGCUGGAGAGCAGAGAUACAGAUGUUGCAUCCAUCUGCAAAACUGAAGUCCAAGCAUUUGAUUCAUUACAUGAAUUUUUGCAGCCAUAAUGAAGAGAAGUAGGAUGCAUCCGAGUUUCAGAUCCUGUCCCUUUUGA